AUGGCUUCUAUACUCUCAUCAUCAUCGUCUGCUGCAGCAGUGAAUUCUUCCAGCAUUUCAUCCACUAAUUCAAAAGAUCGUUUUGACGCAUCGUCAAUAUUACAACUUGAGUGUGGAUGUAGUGAAAAAUUCCUCGUGACAGAUUGGUCCACUCUUCCCUCCGUCCAGUCUUUGACCACAUCUUGCGGUUCUUCAGUUAACCGAAUGGAAACGUUACCCCUGCUAUGUAGCCCACCCAUCAAUUACGGUACAAUACUACCUACCCAAAUCCAGCCUUACUCUCUGCCGCUGCAGCCUGGUGGAAUCUAUCUGGAAACCUCCAAUUACCUUUCUUGGUGCAAUUACUUGCUGUCAGCAACCUCUUUUAAUAUGCUAAGCCCAAUCACAAACACAAGUAUUGUCAAUCCUCCUGAUAAUGCUUCAAAUUUUUCUUGUAUCAAAGUCGUAGAACACACUACCAAUGGUGAGACGAAUGACAGCGUCAGCUGUAUCACAAGUACUAGUGAGGUGAAAGAUAUAGGAGUGGAUGAGGAAGAGCUACCGAAAUGGAAAUGCCAGGAGUGUGGAAAGAUGUACAACAGCUCUGCCUGUCUGCGAAUGCAUAAGCGAAGUCAUUCACACCAGUGGAGAUGCCACUUCUGUGAUAAGGCGUUCUCACGCAAGUGGCUCCUUGACGGUCACGAGCGCACGCACACAGGCGAAAAGCCCUUCAUCUGUCCCGUCUGCAGACGUGGCUUUGCCGAUCGGUCGAACAUGCGGAUGCACAUGCAGACACAUAUGGCUGAGAAGCGCUGUCGCUGUCCUCACUGUCUCCGAUCAUUCACGCGCCGCAGUUUGCUCAUUCGACACAUGGAAAAGUGCCCAUUUUCCACUACUGCUGCAGCCACCGUUACGAAUGAUGCCCCCACCACGUCUACUGUGAACAGAGCAUAG